AUGGGGCCUGACCUCUACCAAGAGCUGAAGCAGAGGUUGGGCUUCUAUGGCACGGAGGAGACGGAGGAGGAGGAGGACAAGACAGCUGCAGUGGUGAAAAAGCAACUCGAGGAAACUUUUGCCUUCAGCUCAUACUUGGCUGCCAAUGUGCAGCGAGGGAUGAAGGAUUCCAUCGAGCUGCACGCAGGCACUUGGAUCACCAUCAGCAUCCUCUUUGCGGUCCUGGCAAUGAUGUGCCGCUUGUUGCGGGUCAGCAUCUUGGGCGUGAUGCCGGUCUUUGUCUGCCUGGCUCUGCUGAUUGUGUUGCUUAUGGUGCUCUUGACCAGGUCGCGGCAUCGUGCCAUCAGCAGGCACAGCCAGAAAUGGCUGGAGCGGAUCGAGCGCAAUCCUGCCCCGCGUAGAUCAGUCAGCGGCCGCAGUAUAGAUGUUGGAGCUUCGGAAGAUCCCACGCACGCCUACGACUCCUACGACUAUGCCGCAGACGCGCCAGCAAAUACGCUGUCCGCGACCUUGCAGGGCCGCGGCAAGUAUUCCUUCGAGAAGUUCAUCAAUCGCUUCCUCCAGAUCUUCCUGCCGCUGUAG